CAGAACACUAGUGAGAGAAAUUUUCACAGCUUCCAUUUCUAUGUUCAAUAGUUUCAAAUCAAAUCUCAUUUUCUCAUUCUCGAGAAAACCAAUUUCAAAUCUCAACUUUUCUACUCUUAUUCAUCAUCUCCCUCCUCAUCCUUCUCUCCGUCAGACCCAACAAUUCCAUGCCCAUAUCAUCUCCGCCGGUCUCGCCGGCAACCCACAUCAAAUCGGUUCACUCAUCGCCGCAUUAUCACAUUCCCCAAAAAUCCCAUCAAAUUACGUUUCUUCAAUCCUCAAUCACGCCCAAAUCUCAACUGUUUUCGCCGCCAACAACUUGAUCCGCUGCUUCGCUAAGACCCAGUCGCCGCUUCAAUCGAUAGAGCUCUACGCCUUCAUGACGAAACAUGUUCAUCUCAAACCCAAUAAGUAUACUUACCCUUUUCUAUUUCAAGCUUGCGCUAAGGCAUUGGCGAUUACUGAAGGAUUUCAAAUUCAUACCCAUAUAUUAUUGAUGGGUUUUGAUUAUGAUGUUUACAUUAGAAAUUCUUUAAUCCAUUUGUAUAGCUCUUGUUCUAUGAUUGAUUUUGCGCAGAGGGUGUUUGAUGAUUGUUCUCAAUCUCGUGAUAUUGUUACUUGGAAUUCAUUAUUAGGUGCUUAUUCAAGAAAUGGUCAGAUUGAUAUUGCACUGAAACUGUUCGAUGAAAUGCCUGAAAGAGAUCUUAUAUCAUGGACUAUAAAAAUAAAUGGUCAUGUACAAUCCGGACAAUUAGAAGAAGCUUUAACAUGCUUUCAACAACUUAAACACAAUGGUUUGACACCAAAUGAAGCAAUCUUUGUCACAAUCCUAUCCGCAACCGCCCAACUAGGUUUACUCGAUCGUGGACGCGAAAUUCAUAAAUUCAUCGACUCAUCCGGUUUUCCAUUAACAAUCCCAAUCCAAACGGGGUUAAUCGAUAUGUACGCGAAAUGUGGAUCGAUUGAAGAAGCUAAGAACAUCUUUAAUAUCAUGUCGAAUAAAGGCAUUUCGACAUGGAAUGCUAUGAUUUGUGGUUUAGCUUCCCAUAGCCACGAACGAGAAGCCCUUAAACUCUUUGAGAGUUUUCUAAAGAAACGUUUACGACCCGAUAAUGUGACUUUCAUAGGGGUUCUUAAUGCGUGUAGCCGAGCCGGGCUAGUGAAUGAAGGCGAGUACUAUUUUAAGAUGAUGACCGAUACUUAUGAGAUUAAACCGGAGAUGGAACAUUUUGGUUGUAUGGUUGAUCUUUUGGGUCGAGCCGGGUUAGUUGAGAAAGCUAUUCGAUUGAUAGAGGACAUGCCGGUUAAACCGGAGUCAGGGUUAUGGGCGACGUUACUCGGUGCUUGUAAGAUUCAUGGGGAAGUUGAAUUGGGCGAGCGAAUUGGGAGAAAGGUGAUCGAACUUGAUCCGAACCAUGAUGGACAUUACGUGCAAUUAUCGGGAAUUUAUGCAAAUGCGAGAAAAUGGGACGAUGUAGUUAGGGUUAGGAGGUUAAUGAGGGAUAGGAAGGGUAAUAAAGGUGCGGGGUGGAGUUUAAUUGAAGACCGGGGAAAAGUUCAUCGUUUUGUUGUCGGAGAUAGAGAACAUAAGUGUUCAUCGGAUAUCUAUGGUAUACUUGAGAUAAUUGGGAAAACAAUUGUCGAGAAUGUUUCAUCCAUUCGAUAGAAACACAAUAAGUUCGGGGAAAUAUAUGUAUACAUUGUUAUGGUAAGAAA